GGCACGGGAUCGGAUCGCUCGCUCGCUCAACUAGUGGUUUCCGCUAUUCCCGACAGAACCUGAACGCAGCAUCUGGCUGCUCCGGGUAGGCGCUAACCGAGCAGUAUGGCGGACGAUGGAGACAGUUCGAGCGGACCAGUUGACACAAGCGGCGGGCAGGGGGCAGCGGAUGAGUCGGACGGGUUCAGCCUCGGCGGGAUGUUGCUGAAUAUCAGUAUUUUGGUUCUGGUAGUGGCGGUCUGUCUGGUGGUGUACCGGCGGUGGGGCAGGCGGCUCGUCUGCGACGCGGCCCAGGGCGACGAGGCCUCGGCGCUUCCCAAGAUGAGGAGACGGGACUUCACUCUGGAGCAGCUGCGGGAGUACGACGGACUCCAGAACCCCCGCAUCCUGAUGGCUGUCAACAUGAAGAUCUUCGACGUGACCAGCGGGAAAAAGUUUUACGGGAAAGAUGGUCCUUACGGCAUUUUCGCGGGUCGGGAUGCCUCGAGAGGCCUGGCCACCUUCUGCCUGGAGAAAGAUGCCCUGAGGGACGAGUACGACGACUUGUCGGACCUCAAUGCUGUACAGAUGGAGAGCGUGAGGGAGUGGGAGAUGCAGUUCAUGGAAAAAUAUGACUACGUCGGGAGGUUGCUGAAGCCUGGAGACGAACCGUCGGAGUACACGGACGAGGAGGACAUUAAGGACCACCUGAAACACGACUGAGCGGUUCCAUCACAUCGACCAAAGCCAGGAGCUCCAAACAGCUGCGACAGACCGCCCAAACCCCCACACAUCCUCGUCCUGCCCCUUGAUCUCCCUGCCACUCCUUUCUCCUGCCCCCAUUCCCAAAAACUCUUCACCUCCCUUAAUCUGUCCGGUGCCGUGGCUGUUCUGGAAGGGCAGGACUCAAGUCUCGACGCCCAGACAUCCCUCCCGCUUCAUCCUGCGAAGACUACCACCGACCUUCGCCGAGGGCUUUUUUUAACGACAGAAAACACGUCUUAACGGGGGUCGUGCCAUUAGGUGUAUUUGAAACAAAACCACAAAAUAUUUUAGUCAUUUCUCCAGGGUGGGGAAAAGCGUGGUCAACGUGGUCGCCGCUGAACGCUGUGUGGAGGUUGGUCAGAGGUAGUCAGAGAAGCGCAUUGGUCAGAGCUGAUCAGUGGAUCAGGAUGGGGAAACGGAUUUCUCGCUCUUUUAUCUUUGGUUUAAGUCACAUCGCGACUGAAACUGCUUCAGCUUCGGACAGCUCAUCAAUCAGUCAUUUCUGUUUUCCGUUCAAAUAUCCCCCCCAUGUUGAGAGGGCAGCGCUGUGGAAAUUGGCGGGGCGUCGCAUUUUGCUGUUGUGUUUGUAGUGUAUGCACUACUAGUUUUCUUUGUUUGUCACCAUGUGAUUGUAUUUGUUGAAUAGUAUAGAGGGAGGGAGAGCGGGAGGGAAGGUUUGGGGGGGGGGGGUUAAAGGUCCUUGCCAUAUGAAUCCUGUUUUGAAUCACAUCGGACGGACUGAAUCACUGAUCGGGAAUACAAAGGGAAAGGUGACAAGGCAGUCCUAAUCAAUCGACUCAAUUGUUUACAUGCCUCACAAGCCAGCUGCAAGUCUGUAGAUUCCCCAGAAAAUGGUCCAAGUAUUAAUUGUGCCUUAUUUUGUUUGUUGUGUCAGUCCUGACCGUUCUAACAGAGGAGGCGAGUGGAGGGAUGGAGGUGUGGGUUUUUCUUAGACUCGGUCCCCCAGACUUUAAAGAAGGCAUACGUUCUGUCAGUCGUCCACACACAGACUGUAAUAUUUCCCCACUUCACAAACUUUGUAAAUAGACCGUAUGAAUUACUCAGUGUUACUGCCAUAUUUAUGUAGUUGAUGAACUCCAUAUAUGUAUAAUGCUAUGUCAUAUUGGCCAAAACCCCCAUGGUUUGUGUUGUUUGUUUUUUUUUUUUUUGUUUUUCUUUGUUUUCUCUCCUCUCAGUUCUGAACUGCUUUUUAAACAUGGGUGAAGUUCCAAAAAAAAAUAAAAAAGAGGAGCGUUGCAAAGUGCUGCAGGGCGGGACCGGGAGCUGUUCUUGCGAAUUUUUUCCUUCGGAGACGUUGCUUAUCCUGUAAAUAUAUCUAUCAUUUUAUUAAAGCAUGUGCAACAACAAAGUGAGCUAUGCCGAAUUCCCACCACGUCAUGUAUUUAAAUGUUGGGUGUGUGUGUGCGUGCGCGUGUCUGCGUGACAGAGGCAGGAAGGGAUUUGUUCAUGCAUAAUAAAUCGAUUUGGUUAAUAAUUGAA